AUGCAUCUAUUGAUAGAUUUCGCUUUGAAGGACAAGUAUACUUACCAUGAAGUUCUCGGAAAUCAUUUUAGGUCCGAAGCAGUUCCCAGUGCAGUUCCAGUACCAAAUGCCCACCACAACAUCCUCCUCUGGGAUGCGUACAGAAAAAAUGUCUGGCACAACAUGUUAGGCCCACGGGUACAUAACCUAUAUACAUACAUGUAUCGAAUCCAAGCCUCUUACAUCCACCGGGAAUUUACCGCGUGGAAUCACAAUCUCGAAUACGGCAAUCCACCGCCGACGGCCAACCUUGACCCGAAUCCUAUCACUUGGGCAUCCUUCCCGUGGCAGACCAAGGGAGAUUGGUUGGACCAGCGCCUGGUUGAAUGCAAUGACGACCCACAACAGAAAACAGGCCUCGACAUCUGGCUGUUUAAUGUACACAAAGAUAUGGAUGAGCAAACAGUCUUUAACAGCCUGGAUGGCGAAGCUUUCAUUGUUCCACAGAUCAAAGCCCUCGAUAUCACGGCUGAACCUGGCGAGAUAUUGGUGAAGCAGAACGAGAUAGUGGUAAUUCCACGUGGUAUCAAAUACCGUGUGACGUUGCUGGAAGGGAAGCCAUGCCGAGGGUAUAUCUGCGAACUCUAUCAGGGCCAUUUCCGACUCCCUGAGCUUCGCAUCAUUGGAACGACUGGCCUAGCCAACUCUUUGGACUUUCAGAUCCCAAAGGCAUUUUUUUAA